CCACUCGCUAGGGUUUUAAAAUCAGCUUCAUUCGCACACAGACACACACACACACACUCUAAGUAAUCCCAAUUACAUUUUUCAUUAUUUGGGAAGAACAUCAAAAAAAAAAAAAAAAAAAAAAAAAUUGCAGAGCAAACAAGAUGGCGAGUCCCGCGGAUUUGUUUCUGAAGAUUGGCUUGGAUGAAAAUACUGCAAAAAACACCGUCGCUAAUAACAAGGUCACCGCUAAUCUCACCGCCGUCAUUCACGAGGCAGGUGUUGCUGAUGGGUGCGAUCGGACAGUUGGAAAUCUACUGUACACAGUUGCAACGAAAUUUCCCGCAAAUGCUCUUGUACAUCGACCUACACUGCUUAAAUAUAUUAUUUCAUCAAAGAUCAAAACUCCUGCUCAGUUGGAAGCUGCCUUUUCGUUUCUUUCCACAACUGCUUCUGACAAGUUGAAUGUCGAUGAUUUUGAAGCUGCUUGUGGAAUCGGAGUUGAGAUCUCUCUGGAAGAUAUUAAAAAGGUUGUUAAUGAAAUUUUUGAAGAGAGUAAAGCUGUUAUUUUGGAGCAGCGGUACAGAACGAAUGUUGGCGAAAUAUUUGGUCAGAUCAGAAAGAAACAGCCAUGGGCUGAUCCAAAGAUUGUCAAGCAAACUGUUGACGCCGAAUUAUAUUCUCUGCUUGGUGAAAGAACAGCUGCAGACAACGAAAAGCCCACAAAAAAGAAAAAAGAGAAGCCCAAGCCUGAGGAUAAAGCUAUCGUUGAAGAGGCAGCUCCAGUACCUGAAGAAGAAAUCAAUCCAUUCUCAAUAUUUCCUUCACCAGAACAGAACUUGAAGGUACAUACAGAAAUAUAUUUCAGUGAUCGGCCUGUGCUUAGGGCUUCCAAUUCAAGGGAACUACUCAAUAAACAUCUGAAGGUCACUGACGGAAAAGUUUUGACACGUUUUCCACCUGAACCCAAUGGUUACCUGCAUAUAGGUCACGCAAAGGCUAUGUUUGUGAACUUUGGCCUAGCAAAAGAGAGAGGUGGAUGCUGCUACCUGAGGUACGACGAUACCAAUCCAGAAGCGGAAAAAAAGGAAUAUAUUGAUCACAUUGAAGAAAUUGUUGGAUGGAUGGGGUGGGCACCCUUUAAGAUCACCUACACCAGUGAUUAUUUUCAAGAGCUCUAUGACCUAGCAGUAGAACUGAUACGACGAGGUCACGCUUAUGUUGAUCACCAGGUUUCUCCUUGGCAAACAUUCGUCUCAUUUUCGUGUUCCGGAUUCCCAAC